AAAAACAAAGCAUUGCAAUGUCCUGUUAUUCCAAUAUCAUGGAAAACACAUACAUAAAAGAAAAAAUCAAGCUCGAAAAUGACAUUUUUUCCCUAUUAGUGUAAAAACUAAAGUGAAUAUUAAUUGAUAUCUUGCCAUGAAGGGUGGACACAAAAAACUGUGAUGAGUCUUGGUGGUCUUGCAUCCCAGAUUAUUGUUGAAGUUAAUACGCAAAUAAAGGGCCAAAUCCCUUGUCUCUGAGAGUCUUUGCACACUUCUUAGCAGUCAGAGAAAGAAUAGCUUUUUAAAAAAGGCCAAACAAAGGCAAGUCUUAGCAACUUCUCCUGAGAAUGAAGUGCGCAUUAGUUGUCGGGAUUCAACACAAACUUCUUUUCCACUUCACUAUUAUUGUCACCCCUAUAAUCCAUUUUCAAGGAGGACGCUGUGAGCUUCUCCAUGUAAUGGUGUUUUGUUAUGUACAGCAACCUAAACCCGCUUUUCACAAGUCCUGCUCUUUUUAUACCAGUCACUCAAACAAUGGCUCUAUUUACGCCUGCUCUCAACCCAAAAGCGUGACUGCAGACUGCAGAACAGAGGUCUGAUCCGAGCAUGUCUUUACAGAAGCAUCACGCUCUGUCUGUGAAGACUGCACUUUUGGUACAUUAAAAGCUCUGAUCUAAAGCCUUCUGGCAACGUGCAAUAAAAGCAUCUGUGUAGCACAUAAAGCCCCUUGUGGUCUCCCGAAAUGUCUUCAAAGGGGGGGAAGUUUUAAUUAAUAAGCCGUUAGAUUUAAUAGGGGGAAAAGAUCCAGGCAACAUGCAGAGAUUUGUGCGUGCAGAAAUGUUCAUCCCCCCCAUGUGAAGUCACAUUAUCGCGCACACACAUACACACAGAUUGAUUAGCAAGGUCUGUUUGUGUUUGGGGGGGGCAAUGUUUGCAGUGUUUGGCAAAGAUGAGCACUUGUGGUGGCUCUGCCUAUGAGGGUGAGCAAGGGCGAGUCUGACAGACCAGGGGGGCGGGGAAGAAAAAGGUUGGGAAAAAAAGAGAGAGAACACAACAAGUUCUCUUUUUUUGAAUGAAUGAAUGAAGCAGACGGAGGACUUGUUUUUCGGGUUUGUGGCGGUGAUGGUACUGUGGGGUUCUGAUUUUUUGCGCCGCUUAUUUUCCAUGCAUAUUUUUUAUGCUUUCUCAAUCGCAUUCUCCCGGGCGGCACACACCUAUAUUGCGUGUUCACCUUUCAGGAGGGCCAAAUAUGUACAGUAACUAGGAUGACACAUCUGUAGCACUGCCCUCUUUGGCGCCCGCGUGCCAGCAUGGGACUCGGUUGCCGCAAGCUGCAGGAACACCAAUCCGUUCAUGCGAAGGGCUGUACAGGAGAGAAGGACAGAUCGGCUCUCAGCCAUGAGGCUUUCCUGCUUAUGGCAAACUCCCAGAAUGACAUGGAGGAUUGGGUCAAAGCCAUCAGACGUGUCAUCUGGGCUCCCUUUGGAGGAGGAAUUUUUGGUCAACAUCUGGAAGACACAGUACAGUAUGAGAGGAAGUUUGGACCUCGACUGGCCCCUCUGUUGGUGGAGCAGUGUGUGGAUUUCAUACGGGAACAGGGUCUGAAAGAGGAGGGUCUCUUUAGGAUGCCAGGACAAGCCAACCUGGUCAAAGAACUUCAAGAUGCUUUUGACUGUGGAGACAAGCCUCUGUUCGACAGUAACACUGACGUUCACACAGUGGCGUCCCUACUGAAGCUCUACCUCAGAGAGCUGCCCGAGCCUGUCAUCCCCUUUAACAAAUAUGAGGACUUUCUUACCUGUGCACAGCUUCUGUUAAAAGAUGAAGAAAUGGGGCUGGGUGAGCUUGUGAAGCAGGUCAGCACUCUUCCUCAGGCUAAUUAUAAUUUGUUAAAGUACAUUUGCAAAUUCUUAGAUGAGGUGCAAUCACAUUCAAAUGAGAACAAGAUGAGCGUUCAGAACCUUGCAACAGUUUUUGGACCAAAUAUCCUUCGGCCUAAAAUAGAGGACCCUGUUUCAAUGAUGGAAGGAACCACCCAGGUGCAACAACUGAUGACGGUGUUGAUCAGUGAACAUGAACGUCUGUAUGUGGGGAACGAGAGAGAUGUGUCUUCUGACCACACUGGAAGCUGUCCUCGAGGCCAGCGUGGCAUGGUGGAGUGGAUCUCUGAUGAGGAAUUGCUGAACUGCUCAUCGCCGAGUCAGAUAUCCAAAGUGGUAGAAAGUGUAUCCGGCAGUGCCACAUCGUUAGAUAUCAAUAUGGUUGCUCCCACCACUGCCAAAAUGACACCUCAGGGAAAAGUCGGACUGACAGUCAGCCCUAGCAAACAGGUGAAAUCCCUCCCGUCCUGGAAAUACUCAUUCAAAAGCGGAGGGGUACGAGCUCAGCCUGCAAAAAUCGGAGGCUCAUCUGUAGAUGUGUCCACUUUGCCCAGUACAGGCAACUGGUUGAUGAACGGCCUUUCUUCGUUGCGCAGCCACCGGCGUACGUCAUCAGGAGAGCGCAUGGGCAAGGAUUCAGCUUUAUCGCACCGUCUGUCCACUUAUGACAAUGUAACCUCAUCCAGUCUCAGUGUUCCCAGCGUUGCCAGCACACCCUGGUCCACAUCCUCGUGUGAGAUCCUAGUGGGCGGCUCUGUGGGCAGUGACCCCUCAGGACUGAAUUCGGUUAAGGACUGGUCUGUCCAAGGGCAAAGUGAAGACAGGAGUUCAGAGGUCACAGAGAGCAGCGAGGCACUGGAAAUGUGUGUAAGUAGUGCAGGAUGCAGCGAGAAUGGAAAUGUUGAAGAUAAGGGAAACGUCACAGAAGAUAAUGACACUAGCACGACAGCACUUAACAGCCUGGUAACAGAGCUGAAAGGCGAGUUGAAGAAACAGAAGGCCAACUAUGAAUCCAGAAUACGAAGGCUAGAGGAAUCAAGUGCCGCUUUGCACAAGCAAAUGGAAAGGCUGGAGGAGGAGAUGGACCAGGAGAAGAAGAAGUAUCGCAUGUUGGAAAUUAAACUGCGAAAUUCUGAACGUGCUCGUGAGGACGCAGAGACCCGCAACCGCUUGCUCCAGAACGAGAUGGAGGAGUUCUUCUCCACUCUGGGGGAUCUUACACUGGGAACAAGAACAAGCAAAAUUUGACCGGCAGCCAUGCUUAUUUAACUCGGAGAGACUUCUGUGUUUGUUGUAGAUAGAAUUUCAAAAUCUCGUUGCUCAUGCAUCAUGGGUACUCAGAGGUCAUUUUGUGCUGUUUUGUUUUAUUUUUUAACGGCAAUUUGAUUAUGUGUAGCAUUUUUCACCUUUCUCUCUGAUCCUCAGACUUACAGUUUUAAAGGGAUAGUUCACGCAAAAAUACAAAUCCUCUGAUUAUUUAUACUUAGCUUUGUUCUCAAGCUAUAAACUGUUUUGUCUGCAAAAAAAACAAACAGCAAAAAAUAUUUUGUGUGAAAAACCAAUGUUAACAAAAUCUGAAAACUUGCCCCUGUUGUUUGUAAAUAAUGACAAGUUAUUUUGGGGUGAACUAUGCCUUUAAGGUUCAGUCCAGUUAUUACACUGAAUAAAUUUUCAUUGGAUUUACUCAAUUUUUUAGGGUAAGUGGUUGCAAACAAUUUAUACUGAUUGAAAGCUUCACAAACUAAUUCCGAGAGGAGCAUGUGAUAUGAUUGAUCGCGGCUGGUAAUCUUUAAUCCUUAGCAAGCCAAACGGAUCAUUCCAAACUCACUAUAAAUAGUCCGACUAGCAUCACUCCCUCAUCUUUGUUUUUUGAGGAAUCCCCCCAUCCACCCCAUCUCCACCUUUCCUCCUUUACUACGGGGAAGCUUUUGAGAACUACCUGAUCUCGGACCCCCUCACAAGCUCAUUGACUCAAUUAUCUCAGAGCUCAGGGUUCUCUCCCGGGACAGCAUGUAAAACCUGCUAAUAUUAUCAAGCAAUGUCUUGUGUGAACUCUUAAAACAAACAAAUUGACCCUUUUCACAUUUCUGGGUUUCUCAGUAGCGGAAGUCAUCAUAGUUCGGUAAGCUUAAACCUCAAAUUUACUCUCAGCCCCAUAGAUGCUGCACAUAGAUAUAUACACUAGGUAUUGCAUACGGACCCUGAGCAAGUGUCAAUAGCCCUGCCACAUUUGUAAAGUGCUCCCAGGACAAAUGUCAUUCAACCGCACUAGUCAGGACUAAAGCCAAUCUGAAGAUGCUGGACUGAAGCGCUAUGUUCGGGUGUAGUAAAGAGAAAAGUAAGAAAAAUCAUAAAGGCAGAUUUUUUCAUAGAUACGAUUUCAUUUAUAUUUUUGUAUGGAACAAACUUUUCGGCUCAACAAGUAACGUUAUUAUCAGUCACUUACUGCCCUGAUCAUAAGGCAAAGUUGCAUCAACUCGCACUAAAUACUCUGCUUUUGCUAGUUUUGUUGAAUAAAAUAAGCAAACUGUAAAUGAAAUAUGACAAAAAGAUGCUGUGGUGCUAGAAACUGGUAUUAUUGUCGGUUAAGUGAACUGGUCGUUCAUAACGGAAAUUCAUUCGCAAAUGAAUCGCUCCCUCAGUUAGAAUAAGAAGUGAAAGCAGAAGAGGGGGUGUUUCAAGACACAUAUGAGAUCAAAUUUAAUAGGAAUGUAGGAAAAUACAUUUCCAUGCACACAAACACAUGCUCUUUGUCGGCAAUGGCAUGAGCUCACUUGUUCAUCCAUGUAGAAAAAUGAUGUAGAAAUAUAAUUUUCUGAAUUUAAAAAAAUAUUUGCAUACUGACCACCGGGAACACUCGCGAUCAUAGAUAUAUGUAUAUUUGUGUAUAUCUCUGACUCUGGAUGGCCAGUCCUCCACUGCAUCUUGGUCCCGCAUUCAACUCAAAGGAGCGCUACCCUAUACUAAAAUGGCAGCUCAAUUGAUACAUUUCUUCAAAUAGACCAAUAUUUCCCAACUUUUUUUUUUGCAUGAGACCCCCUUUUUCCCUGAAAAAUACUGUAAGGCCCCCUCCACAUUUAAUGAUAAUAUAGCUGAUAUAAAUUUGCAGUAAGGAUGACAAAAAAACUUUGUUUUCAGGCAAAGGGUGUGUACAUAACUAUAGAUUUGUUUAUGCACAAAUAAUAGCUUAAUGUAAAAUAUAAAAUGAUAGAAGUGGAUUCACCUGAUUUGUUGACAAAUGGGUUGCGAAUCUAUUCGCUGGCAGUUCGUGGGUCGUUCCAUUUCCCCUUAGCAAAGAAAGAAACUUUCCAAGGACGUCUGUUCCUUACUCAUUUUGCUGCUUGUGGUUUAAAUUUGGGCGCUCAAGUGAAUGACAUGUAAGCCAGAGAAUAAGGUCAUUUUUUCAAAAUAAGACUUUUCAAAAUAAAAGAUCAUUCAGACUCAGAUAAUAAAUAAAAUGGAAAUAAUUAAUGAUUUCUUCUGCAGCCCAGUACCAUUGAUCCACGGACCAAUACCAGUCCAUGGCGCGGACGGUGGUUGAGGACCACUGAGCUAGGUAAUAAAAUAACUAAGGCAACAUGUCCACUGCUAAGAAAAUCUUUAAAUUAGACGCAACCCCCCACUGAGUUUGCUGAGGCUCCUUUGUGGGCUAGGACCCCCUGUUGGGAACCACUGCAAUAGACAACAAUAGCGUAGGUGACAUCGAAUGUAAAUAUCCAUAGAUGCUGCAUUAAAAACACCUCGCACAAGCGAUAAUUCUUUUUUUUUUUUUUUUGUAAUUUGACGCAAAGAGGAUAUAAUACAUUCAUAAACACUUAUAAAUGUUCUUACGUUUUAUUAAAAAUCAAAACAGUAAAAACUUUCAAGGAUUUAAGAUGAUGACCGUUAAACGCGCCAUAACAGUCUUGUGUAAAGGGUCCUCUAGCCAGCGCCAUUUACAUAUGGAGUAACAUCGUGACAAGACACACGCAUUUAUUGCUGCACAUCACGGUUUAUUUUGAAAGGUAAGAGUCCACAGAACAACAUUCCAUCGAAUUUGUUUAUGUCACCAAUUCUGCAGGUGACCUGUUGUUUUCCAUGUUACUUACAAGUUAAAAAAAAUUGCAUCUUUGUAGUAAAAAGUCGAUGUCAUAGCUUACAGUGUUACAGAUAAAAUGAGCUGUUAGACAUUGCUAAUUUUUGCUUCUUUAAAUUCAGCUCAUAUAAAUUGUUCGCAACCAAUUCCCUCAAAUAAACUGAGAAAAUCCUUUUUUUGUGUGUGUGUAGUAGUCAUCACUUGCAUAAGCUGAUAAUACCAAAGCAUGACUUUUCUGACUGUUUUGCGAUAUUGGCAGUUCGUGGUAAUGGCAUUUCCUGUUAAUGCAUGGUAAGAAAGUAGUCCUGCUGAGGUUUUGAUGAAUUUGUCACCGUCAUUACCAUACACAAGCUGCAUCUUAUCACACUGUGCCUCACACUACCAGACAAAGACGUCAAGUCACACAGGCUCAUAUAGAUUACAAACUUCACCAACUCUUUCAGCAAGUCCCUUUAUUGGAAGUAAAAUGCACUAUGGGAUCAAAUACUUUUUCAAAAAUAGAUGAGGUGACACCAUCCCAAGUGUUCAAUCUUUUACAUUAACCUGUUCUUCAGCUGGAGGAUUGCCAAGGCUAGUAUUUAUCUAAGCUUAUUAAUGUACCUAGAACUAUUUCUCAGGUGGCAUUUUUUCAAAUCACUCACGAUGGAUGAGUGUCUUUAUAUAAAAUAGAUGAUGGAACUAAAGCUGACAUAUACUUGAAUGUGUUUUAUUUCAAUAUGCACAUAUGUUAUUGUUUUGUUUUUGAUUGAUUCCUGAAUGCAGAAAGUGCCAAAGUAGAGGUUUCCAAAUAAAAAAAGGGUUUUUAUUUCAGAUAAAAACUGACUAGUCUUUGGAAUAAAUUGCAGUUGUCAUCAAAACUGCAAUGUUGUAACUUUGUAUGAUGCAUCAAGAAAACUCUGAAGUGGGAUUAUGAUUGAUAUUAAAAUUGAAGAAUAUACUGACUGAUCGCAGUGGUGUACACUUUUUAUUCAGGAUGUCUUCUAUCAAACUUUUUUUUUUUUACAUCAAAAAUUUAAAGAAAAACAAACAUCUGUGCAAUUUGGACAAAAGUGAUUUUACAAAGUACAAUACAUGUAGGUCAUGUCUACUUAAUAUUUCAAAUAACAUUGUAACAUCUGCAUUGUUGUUUUGAUGCAUUUUGCUGCAUAUUAUAAGACUUAGAAUAAACCACCAAAUUCA